GAAUGCCCCAUUCAGAUAACAAAAUGGGUCGUUGGGGGGCAGUUUCGUAUAUUGUUGGAAAUAUUGUUGGUUCUGGUAUUUUUAUUGUUCCUGGAAGUAUGUUACAAAAUACUGGAUCUGUGGGGUUGUUUUUAAUUGUUUGGUUGUUGUCUGCAGCUGUGGCUACUUUGGGGGCUUAUUGUUAUUGUGAAUUGGGGACUAGUAUUAGAAGAUCUGGUGGAGAUUUUGCUUAUCUUACACAUGUUAGAUGGAAUGCAAUAGCUUUUAUGUUUAUGAGUAUUGGUUGUGUUUUAAUAUAUCCAUUAAUGUUAGCAAUCCAAGCAGAGACUACAGCAGAAUACACCGUCCAAGCUUUUCGUUUAAACGAAAAUUGUUCAAAUAACCCAAUUUUGUUAUUUAUUUUCAAAAAAUUAAUUUUUUCUCUUUUUGCUUUAUUUAUGAUGUUUAUUAAUUUUUAUUCUCUUCGACGAGUUGGGGCUCGUUUUCAAAUUGCUGGAACUGUUGCUAAACUUUUAGCAACAACUUUAAUUGUUUGUACAGCUAUUUAUAUGUUAAUUAGUAAAGGCCAAUUACAAAAUUUCUCUUCACCUUUUCAAAAUUCUAAAUGGGAGGCUAUGUCUUUAGUAAAUGCAUUUUUUGCCGGUUUAUUUAGUUAUGAUGGUUGGGAUGUUUUGAAUUUUGGAGCUGAGGAAAUUGAAAAUCCAAAAAGAACAAUGCCUUUUGCAAUACUUUCUGGAAUGUUUUGUGUUACUAGCAUUUACAUUGUGUCUGUCUUUAAAGUGAAGAAAUAA